ACGUCACAUCCUGAAGAAAGCUUUGCCUCCUACUUUUUGUCGGGACCAGGGAGAAAACCAUCCCGCAGAGGUAAACGCGGUGGGGAGAAAAAAAGAAGAAGAGGAACAAGUUACAAACGGGGCUGCGGUUUAGUCGUCUACCAUGCAAGCGGACGUCCUCUCGCCGUGAAUUAAUUAUUUUUGUGUGGCAGUGUAACCCUCUUCCCUCUCCCCCCCCCCACUCUCCCAUAAUGCUCAGUUUCCUGCGCAGGACGCUGGGCAGACGGUCCAUCCGGAAACAUGCAGAGAAAAGUCGGUUACGGGAGGCCCAGCGAGCCACGACGCACAUCCCCGCUGCCGGGGAUGCAAAGUCUGUCAUCACCUGCCGCGUGUCCUUACUGGACGGGACGGACGUCAGCGUCGACCUGCCGAAAAAAGCAAAAGGUGAGGAGCUGUUUGACCAGAUCAUGUACCACCUGGACAUCGUGGAGAAAGACUACUUCGGGCUGCGCUUCAUGGACUCUGCACAAGUGCCGCACUGGCUUGAUGUUACAAAAAGUAUCAAAAAACAAGUGAAAAUCGGCCCACCGUACUGCCUCCACCUGAGGGUGAAGUUUUACUCCUCAGAACCAAACAACCUGCACGAGGAGCUCACCAGAUACCUCUUUGUGUUACAGUUAAAGCAAGACAUCCUCAGUGGCAAGCUAGAAUGUCCGUUUGACACGGCGGUGGAGCUGGCUGCCUUCUCGCUACAGGCUGAGCUCGGGGAUUGCGACCCAUUAGAACACAAUCUGGACCUGGUGUCAGAGUUUCGUUUCACCCCCAACCAGACAGAGGACGUGGAGCUGGAGAUCUACAACAAGUGGAAGGAGUGCAGAGGUCAGAUGCCAGCCCAAGCUGAAAUUAACUACCUGAAUAAAGCCAAGUGGCUGGAAAUGUAUGGUGUGGACAUGCACAUGGUCAAGGCAAGAGACGGUAAUGAGUACAGUCUGGGUUUGACACCCACCGGAGUUCUGGUGUUUGAAGGAGAAACCAAGAUAGGGCUCUUCUUCUGGCCCAAGAUCACUUGUCUGGAUUUUAAGAAGAGCAGACUGACUCUUGUGGUGGUGGAGGACGAUGACCAGGGCAAAGAACAGGAGCACACCUUUGUGUUCAGGAUGGACCACCCCAAGGCCUGUAAGCACCUCUGGAAGUGUGCCGUAGAGCACCACGCUUUCUUCAGGCUGAGAGGGCCGGUCCAAAAGAACUCUGCAAGCUCCGGAUUCAUACGCAUGGGAUCACGCUUCAGAUACAGUGGAAAGACGGAGUAUCAGACAACCAAGGCCAACAAGGCCAGACGCUCCGCCUCCUUUGAGAGGAGGCCCAGUCGCCGGUACUCCAGGAGAACCAUGCAGAACAGAGGAGCGUUUCAUCCCCAGGAGCUUCUGUCCUCGGGCAACGGCUUCAGCUCCAGCAGAGGCAUCAAGGCUCCUCCCGGUAGAAGUGCCUGGUCCUCGGCGCCCGUGGUCGCCCCGGUGGCGGCUUCUUCCUGUGCACCGAUGGAAAUUGAAGCUCUACCCAGGAGUCCUGGAGGAGAAAAGAGGAGCCUGCCCGCGGUCGCUGACCUGAUGGAGACGUGCAUUGACGACGUCCUCAGGGCUCCUGUCGUCCCCGUUGAGACCGCUGCAGACGAGGCCGGACCGAGCUACGCCUACGGACCCCCCAGCGCCACCGGGGAAGACCCUCUCGGCCUCGCCGAAGCAGCCGCUCGGCUGAAGCAGCUGGAGUUGGAGAGCAGCCCGCUUCUCGCCACUCCAAAAAACGUCAACGUCAACAUGGCCAUGAACAAUCAGGAGGACGUGGUGAAGCUCACAGAGAAGUGUGGGCUGAGCAGCGCCGGCAGCAGUCCGGUCGUCCCUCCGCUCUGCACCCCGGAGGACCUGAAGAGUAACAUCCUGAAAGCACAAGUCGAGGCCGCUGCCCUGAAGGGAUCUUUGGAGGAACACGUUGUAAUCGUUGGAGAUAAAAACUGUAACUUGCAGGAGGCCUCAGCGAGGUUGAAAGUUCGUACCGGGCGAUUGGGCAGCAACUCGUCUCUGUCCAUCAGCAGUCGCCCUGAAAUCCAAGACUCCUGGGACCUGCUCAAGUCGGCCUCACUGGUCUGCUCAGCCGGCGCCAGCGCCGAGAGGCUCGCCGACGAUCUCCAGCCAUCUGCUGCCACGACGCCCUGUGAGUCUGCCAGCGACGGCACGGCACCGAAGGUUAAAGCGGAGGAAGUGGACCUUCACAACAUCCUCCCGCUGUCUGACAACCUGAUAGACUUCACGGACGCGGCUCCCGUGUUGCCACCAGCGCAGCAGCCCAAACCUCCCAUCACGCCUCGCUGGAUCGUUCCUUCUGCAGCUCCUCCUGCCGCCUUUACUAACGGCCUACUCGACCUUGACCCCCCUGCUAAGGUCAACCCUCUCCUCCCUGCAGAUGGGGGAGCUGCUGUCACCCCAGUCCUCCCCCACCUCGCUCACACACCUAACACCGUCUCUGCCAGCCCUGCAGCCUCGGAGGACGGAGCCAAACCCAGAGGUCUCCUGACCACUGAGCUCUGAUGGGGAGACGAGGAGCGGCCGUCACCACGCUGCCCGACUGCCCCCCAUCCCCCCUUCCCCGACACAUCCACUCGCCUGCUGAGGGUUGUGAGGAACAACACAAACACAGUUGCACCCACACCGACGCUCCGGUCGGACAAACUGAACUUGGCACACAGGAGAAUUCUAGGAAUGUGAUGGCGGUUUCUUUUGGAGACAACGCGACUCGUAGUCUAGUUUUUGUUCAACAGUAAGAACAAACGUGUAGCUUCAGUGUUGACAUCAAGACCUAACUGGUGAGUCUCCUCUUAGUUCACCGACAGUGACCGGGCAAUUUGCUUAAUCCCUCCAGGCAGCAGCGUCUCUCCGUAGAUGAAAAGUGUCUUUUUGUCUCUCGACACUGAAGGGAAACGAAGCAAAAGGGAACGCUGCUUUUCUCCCAUCGUUGUUUUAAUUCCUCCCUUUAUUUUAUUACUGUUCGUUCACGCCACUGGAUCCCUGCUGCUCUGAACCCGCAGAGAUCCCUCAGAACGGGAUCAAGUACACUGGACGAAGGACCAGUCCACCUGAAGCACGGCGCUGUACUGAAGAUCCAGUCGGCGCCGCUCGAUAUGAAAACCACUGGACAUGUUUCUCUACACUGGAGCUUGAACUCGACGUAGCUGACCACUUUUAUGUUGUUGUUUGUUUUUUAUCCUUUUUAUUUCCUUUCCCCAGACGUUGUAAUUGGCUCAUCGCAGUACUUGAAUCACGCGUUUCCGUAGCAGCAGCAGGAUGAGGAUGAGGGGUUGAACGCGGCGAAUGAAAGUCCGUUGUAACUCUUUCUGGACCCGUUGUGUUACUUCGUAAACUCGUCGUGACUUUGAGUAAGAAAUGUGAGACGGAAGUUUGAACGUUUUGUGUAACGUCGUCCUAUACGUUAUACUUGACAUCAAUGCCAAGCUUUUUACUUUACAACCAUUUUUAAAAUCGAGGACGUACACGCAAGAGGCUGCUCAUCGCUUUUGAAGUGCGAAUCCAUUUAAGCCCGAAAAUCUCAUCCCGCGGCAGAAGAUGCUGCUGGGAUGAACGCGCUGUAGCUUCUGUCCUGCCUUAUGGAAAUGAAUGUAUUCAAACGGCCUCAUGUGAGAAUGCUGAACGCGCUUUUAUCACGCGUCAGAUUCUCUUGCUGAUCCGCUUUGGAGCUGGAGGGAAAACUUUUGAAACGUCACAACAAUCUGAUUCCAUAUGGGUUCAAUUGAGGCCUCAUUCUACUGCUCUUUUAAUGGAAAGUUAAUAAUGAAAUGUAUCCCGUUUUAAACCUCAAUACUCUACAUUCUAACCACUAAGUCUAGAGCCUCUUUUCAGUUUUCUCUGUGAACAAAGGGAGCGACUCUCUUAUUUAUGCCACUGCUCGCUGUUCAAAUAUUUGUCAGUGUUGUAGCUUAGUUUUAAUGUAUUGUCAGUAUAAUGGCAUCCGCUGGCUGUAGAUAUGAAGUAGAUUUAUAUAUUUUCUUUUUUGAGGGGGAAAUAUUGUUGGCAGUAUUGUUACUACACCCUGAGAAGAUUCCUGCUUUGUGGAGGUCUGUAAUUACAAAAAGAAGUAGGAAACGUGUCACUGAUCAGGCUGACUGGAAAUACAGAUGCGUUCAAAUGCAAUUUUAUAUAUACUUCUAUUUUUUUCUGGAAAUCCUGAUCAUGACUCAGUAAAGCUUUGCUACAGUAGAA